AUGGACUGCUCACCGCCUUUUUCGCCGCCAAUGGAGGAUACUGUUGUUUCCUCUCCAUCUAAAUCUUCAGCCUGUUCUCCUUUGCGCAAAGUUGGAAACAAACUGAAGACUUAUUCUAGUCUUAAAUUGAGAAAGAGCGGAGAGAAAAUGUGGGAAUGGGUUAAGCAACAAGGGCCUCGUAAGUGCGCGGGUGGCGCACUUUCUCCUUCUUCCCCUCCUCUUCCAGAUGAUCAGCAGCAACAAUACUCAACUUCCCCUUGUCUUUCUUGUUUUCUUCCUUACAAGAAACGCAAGGCCGAUGUUUCUUCUAUCUCUCUUGAGUCUUCUGAGGGAUCGGUGACCUCCCGGGAAAGAUGUGUUGUGCGGAAAUUAGCAUCAUUGCCUUUUUUGGGUUGUUGUGGCAUUGAUGCUGAUGGCCUUAGCGGUGGUAUGUUUAUUUGCUGGUUUACUCCGUUAGGUUUAGUUCCUGUUUAUAGUUCCCAAAAUGUAUAUCUGUGUAAAUUAGUACAAGGAGAUGAAAUAAAACAUGUGAUGUUUGUGUAUGGUUCGCCCCAUGUUACUAAUCGUUCGGAGAUUUGGUACUUGAUUAGUAACAUUAUAGAAUCACUUUCAAAUGUGAUCAUUAUUGGAGAUUUUAACCAGGUGGAAUACUUUUCGGACAAGUUAGGAGGUAACCUUUCAAUUCCAGGGCAAAUGGAAUUUAUAAAUUGGCGUAUGGGUUUGGAUCUAGUAGAUGUUCCUUUUUCGGGACCUCGGUAUACCUGGACUAAUAAUAGACUUGAUUCGGAUCCUAUUUUUGAGCGUUUAGAUAGAGCUUAUGCCUCCCCCACCUGGUUUCUGGAAUAUCCUGACACUAGACUUACUCAUCAGCCAAUUUUAUUUUCGGAUCACGCCGCAAUUAUUCUAGCCGAUUCAGUUGAUUCUGUUGAUAUUAAGCGACUCUAUAAAAUUGAAAACUGGUGUUUAUCUGUUCCAGCCAUACACGACAUUAUUUCUUCGAAAGCUUGGGGUAUUAACUGGAAACAACUGGUUUUUGACAUUCACCAAGCCUCACGAUUUCUUGAUACUCGGGUUGAUCGCUGUCUGUUUAUUUCCACUAAGAAUGAGAAAGUCGCAGAAGCACAGGCUGCUUAUAUUUUCUGGCAACAACAAGCUAAGAUAAAAUGGGAUGCUCUCGGGGAUUCGCAUUUUGUCCUUCUUUUUUAUUCUAUUCAAUCUCGGAAAAGAAAUAAUAGGAUCUUUGGUCUCAGAGAUUCAAACGGAGAAUGGCAUCGCAACCCUGAUCAAAUAGCUUCUAUUACCCAAGCCUUCUACAAGGAUCUAUUCACAACUUCGGCAUCUGCUUCUUCUUAUGAUGAGGAAUGGUGGGAUAGUCUCCAAUUGCCUUCCCUAACCUCACAAUAA